AUGUCCCGCAACAUCGACUGGACGCCCCGUGCCGAAGGCUUUCUCCUCGAAGUUACUCUGACUCUUCUGGACUCCUUCAAGCGUUUUGGAAUGAUGAAGGGCGGUCUAGCCCCGUACCGCCUUGGCGCUGUCUCCAUGCCGCACAGCAUGCGCGAACACUUCCUAUGCUGCGGCUGUGAAGCCUGCAAGGAUGUAGCCUAUCCUACCCCCUGCGCCUGGCGUGGCAAGAUGCAGCAAUGCUGCUCGAUCAACGUUGUGAAUGCGUGGGACGUGAUGACUCAUCUCUCACCCCGCCGCCAUGCGAAGCGCCCUUGCUUGACCGCGCCUAUAAAGGAGGUCGUAAGAGAUAUGGCAGCCCACAACCACAAGCCUGUGUGUAUUCGAGGUACUUUAGUUCGCCGGUUUCGGCUGAACAAAACGAACAUUCUGCCGCUGCAAUGCGUGCAAUACUUUGUCCAAGGCUACCGGACGAAGCAUCUCGGUGGCAGCGAUUACGUCGAUGACGUGCGGGCGAGAAUAUUGGCAAAAGGUUUCUAA